AAAGGAAUAAAAAUGUUAUUUCGGCCAAAUGGAACAAAUGUAGGAUAUAUGUGGGUGACCAGUACGAUAGAUGGAACGAGUUGAAGGACGCCUUACGUGUAGAAACACACGCUGAAGUGGCAAAGAUUUUGCUGGAUAAAUACUAUGGGUCAGAAGUUGCAGCAGAGCCGUCAGGAGCCCAAACGCAACCCCAGCAAAUGGACAUUGACCAAUGUCCUGUACUAUCAACUCAGAUGAAUACAGCUGCACAUGCCAUGUCCACCCCUGGACCAUCUCAUUUAGGAGCACAUUUUAGUGCAAUGUGGGAGGUUUCUGAUAUAUCAUCUGCUGGAGAGAACAAAAUAGAAUCAGAAAUGUCUGGAGUUGAGGAAAUUCACAGCAACUCGAAGAAAAGUGCAUUGGAAAAAUCCAGCUCAUUCAUAAAUCCAUUUGAGUAAGUGUUCAAAUAAGGGGAAAGAAAAGGUCUAGUAUCUUAUUUUUAGAUAACAAAAAAAAAAUUACUGAUUUUGAGAUAAGGGUUAAUGAAUAUGUCAGCAAAAUUAAAUUAACUUGUCCAGAGUGAACUGCAAUAAAUUAUGACUACCAUGAAUGCUUUCUUAAUUUAAGUUCCAAGUAAUGAAAGAAAUAAUACAUUUUUUUAACUACAGCCUUACGAUAGAUGUAACAGAGGAUAUUGACUUUGAGGAUGACUCUUCUGAUGAAGACUAUGAACCGAGUUUAAAUUUUACUCUGAGACCGAACCUUGCCACUGACAACAUCCCAAUAGAGGAUACUGAUGAAUCAGAUUCUGAUAGUGAAAUUGAUCCCUCAGAUUCCAUUGAUGCCGAUUCCAUUGGAAAUAUUAGAAGAAUCGCAGGUGUAGAUGAGGUAGACCAACUUACAGAUGACAGACCUCUACUUGUGUACCAGCAAACCCUGUUAGACCUGGCUAAUAUCCAAGUUAAUUCAAGUUGUCAGGUUAAAGGCUGCUGUGAAAAUAUCACUUUGUCAACUGUAAUCGUUGCAUCAGCAAUAUAUAUUAAAUGGGUGGCAGAGAAGCUACAAUAAGAAAACUGCAAGAUGGUCAGUGCAUGCUGUAAAAGAGGAAAAAUCAUAUGUGUACAUAAAGGACCUCAUAAAAAGUAUUGUCUGUAUGAGGAUGGAAGACCGCAUUGGG